GAGCACAGCCCAAUCAUUCUCGUCGUCUUCUUGUACUUGUACCAUCCUGAUCCCAAUCUGCCUGCUCUCAGUCCCCCGUGACCCCGAGGAACUCCACACGAUGGGUACUGUUGAUCCGGACUACGUCCAGGCCGCCGAGCACCGGCCCGACCUCAACCCGGUUGUCACCGAAGGCAUUCCCUUGAUCGACCUCUCCCUCUCGGGCAACCGGACCUUGGAUGAGCUCGCUUCAGAGGUUGGCCAUGCGUGCAGGACCUGGGGGUUCUUUCAGGUGAUCAAUCAUGGGGUGCCACUGGAACUGCGGGUCCGGCUCGAGGCAGCGGCCAAAAAAUUCUAUGACCUGCCGAUGGAAGAGAAGAAGAAGGUGAAGAGAGACGAGGUGAACCCGAUGGGCUACCACGAUAGCGAGCACACAAAGAACGUGAAGGACUGGAAGGAGGUCUUUGAUUUCGUGGUGAAGGACCCGACGCUGAUCCCAGCUUCAUGUGAGCCCGAGGACAAGGAGCUCAGGAAGUUGAUCAAUCAAUGGCCUGAAUAUCCCCCGGAUUUCAGGGAGAUAUGCGAGGAGUAUGCAAGCGAAGUUGAUAAGCUUGCCUUCAGGUUACUAGAACUUAUCUCCCUGAGUCUGGGGCUACCAUCGGACCGAUUCCAUGGCUACUUCAAUGAUGAGCAGACGAGCUUCAUGAGGCUGAACCACUACCCUCCAUGUCCUGAUCCCACCCUAGCGCUCGGCGUUGGCCCGCACAAGGACGGUGGUGCCCUCACAGUACUUGCUCAGGACAGCGUUGGAGGGCUUCAAGUGAGGCGGUCUUCUGACGGGGCAUGGAUUCCCGUAAAGCCUGUUCCUGAUGCAUAUAUCAUCAAUCUCGGGAACGCAAUGCAGGUAUGGACCAAUGAUGCGUACAUAAGUGCAGAGCACAGGGUCAUAGUGAACUCACAGAAGGAGAGGUUCUCGAUCCCGUUCUUCUUCUUCCCGGGCCACCACGUCUUUGUUGAGCCGCUUGGAGAGCUCACCAGCGAGCAGAGCCCUCCCAAUUACCAGCCAUUCAACUGGGGCAAGUUCUUCGCCACUCGAAACCGUAGCGACUACAAGAAGCUGCAGGUCGAGAACAUCCAAAUCGAACACUUCAAGAAGGCCUGAGAUUAGUAGAUGAAAUAGCCAUGUAGAAACACGAGAUGGUAUGUUGUUAAUUAUGAAGGAUGCAGAUGAGUUUCCAUUAGUAACUGAGUGGCAGUCUUGUGUAAUAAACGUACAAUAAGUUUCCCUAAAUACCACCAUAUAGCUAUCAUAAUUCCCACUG